AGUGCAGAGGACGGGCAGAAGGAUAGACAGACAGACGGACGGACAGGCAGCAGGAGGGAUCCGAGCCCUGAGCGCAGCGAGAGGUGACGCCGCGAUCGCAGCAGUGCCGGGCUCCAGCUCGGGCAGCGCUCCGCAGCCGGCGACGGGGAGGACCCAGGGUUGUACAUCUGGGAGCACGGAGACCUCGAGCAGCCGCUGGCUCCGUCUGCGCCCUCCCUGCAGAAUUCCGUCCAACUCCGGCCCCCGCGCCCGCUAGUGUCGGCAGAGCAGCGCUGAUCGAUGCCUCCUUCACUACGCAAAUGGCAAAUCACCGCGUUGUGAAGGCUGCUGGUGGGGAUGGAGACGGCCGUGCCGCCCUCCCCCGGGACUCUCUCGAGUCAAUGGAGUUUAUGACUUUAACGUAUUUCCUCUCCCCUCCUGAAGAGCAUCUCCUCCGCGGUGCCGCUUUGCCGGCGAGGUUCCAGCCCCCGGUCUGGGCACCGGGUUUGGGGACGGGAGGAAGCCCUCCGGGAGCCCCCCGCUGACGGAGGAGAGCGGCAGCUGGCGGAGAGGGGCAGCGGGUUGCCGAGAGCUGAGCUCCAAGUGGAAAGCAGGAUUCCUUUCUCCUGCCUCUUAAGGCAGCGACGUCUCCAUCCCCUCCCUCGCUCCCUCCCUGUCCGACCCUGUCUGACAUAGGGGUACUGGGACUUCAUCCUGCGUCAGGAGCUUCCCAGCGAGACGUAAGUCCUUCCUGGAGAGGAGGAUGAAUUUUCCCCUCGGCUGUUUCACCUCUCAGCCCCUCUGCAUGGGGAGCUGGAGCUGGGGCAAUGCAUGGCGCGCUCCGGGGUUGGCUUUGGGGCUGUGUCCUGUGGGAUCCCUUUGGGGCUGUGUCCUGAGGAGAGGGGACAGCCCCGCCACGGUGUCCCCACAGGUGGGACAAAAAAGCCACUGUGGGUCAGGGAGCUGCCAGGGCUGUUUGGGAAGCGGGGCAAGGGGAGCGCGGGGUUCCUAUAGGGGGAGGUUUGGAAGAUUUUGGGUGGUUUCCCAAAGGAAAAGCUUUGGCUGGGGCAGGAUGGGGGUGCUGAGCUGUGGUGAUCGGCAGAGCCUUGGAACCCCGAUGGGAAGAGAGACUCGGGCUCAGGAGCAGCAGAGGGUUUGGGAGAACACCCAGUGAACUGCCACGUCUCCCGCAGCCAUGAAUCCCUACAUCAACUGCUUCGGCCCUGAGCUCCCCCUGCCCCAGCAAGACUUCCCCAUGGAGCCCCCCAGCCCCGACCUCUGCAACAGGACUCACCCUGAUGCUUUAUUCGACCCCAAAGAUGCCAACCUGACUGAGGAGCAGCUGCGGCAUAAAUACUUAGGGCCUCGGAGGUCCAGCUUCUUCAUCCCUGUCUGCGUGAUCUACCUGCUGAUCUUUGCUGUGGGGGCAGUGGGCAACACACUCACCUGCAUCGUCAUCCUCCGGCACCGCUUCAUGAGGACGCCCACGAAUUACUACCUGUUCAGCCUGGCUGUGUCCGACCUGCUGGUGCUGCUGCUGGGGAUGCCUCUGGAGCUGUACGACAUGUGGAGCAAUUACCCCUUCCUGCUGGGGGCUGGGGGCUGUUACUUCAAGACGUUGCUCUUUGAGGCCGUCUGCUUCGCUUCCAUCCUCAACGUCACCGCCCUGAGCGUGGAGCGCUACAUUGCCGUGGUGCACCCGCUCAAAGCUAAGUAUGUGGUGACCAGGAACCACGCCAAGAGGGUCAUCAUCACCAUCUGGGUGGUGUCGGUCAUCUGUUCCAUCCCCAACACCAGCAUCCAUGGGCUGCAGGCUCUCUAUGUGCCCGGCCGGGGCCGCGUGCCCGAUUCGGAGAUCUGCACCCUGGUGAAGCCACGCCUCACCUACAAUCUCAUCAUCCAGAUCACCACCAUCGUCUUCUUCUUCCUGCCCAUGGGGACCAUCAGCAUCCUCUACCUGCUCAUCGGCCUGCAGCUCAAGAAAGAAAAGAUGCUGGAGGCCCUGGGAGCCAAGUCCAGCGGUGACAGCGACUAUCACAGAGUCCGGGGACAGAAGAAGGUGAAGAGGAGGCAGGUCACGAAGAUGCUGUUCGUGCUGGUGGUGGUGUUUGGGAUCUGCUGGGCCCCCUUCCACACCGACCGCCUCGUCUGGAGCUUCAUCUCCACCUGGACGGGCCCCAUGCUCCACAUGUUCCAGUACGUCCACAUCAUUUCAGGCGUCUUCUUCUACCUGAGCUCAGCUGCCAACCCCAUCCUCUACAACCUGAUGUCCACCCGCUUCCGCGAGAUGUUCAAGGAGGUGAUGUGCCACCCCGGCCAGCGCCCGCCAAGCUCAUGCAAGCACUCACCCAGCGUCACCCACGCCACCACCCGCAGCACUGAGUGUGAGCCCAUACCCAGUGCCAAUGGGCUGCCCCUCUCUGACGCUGAGGAGUACGAGAUGGAGGAGAUGGAGGAGGAGAUGGAGAUGGAGGGUGGCCGGGCUGUCACACGUGCUACAUCCCUCUGCUGAACAGCAAGAAGACAUGGAGGAACCAAAACAGCUUCCCCGCCAUCAGCAUCGGCAUCACCAUCACCACGGCAUCCAUCUGCAGCACGGAGGGGAGCAAUGGGGCCGUGCAUCUCCGUGCUGUUCCACCAGGAGCAGGGCUGGUUCUCCAGGUGUGCUGCCAGGCUGCUUGUCUCGGCUGCUCCAGGGACACGGUGACCAUCCCUUGCCUCUCUACGCCCAGGUUGCAUUGCAUCCUCUUCACUCAUCACUGGGGCCAGCCAAACCCAGGGCAUCGUGGUGUCACAGGGGCCCCCUCAUCCCCACCCUGCAUGAGCUGUUCCUCACCCAAGAAUCACAAGUUAGAGCCAUUCUCCCUCAAUUUGUGCCCUAGUUGCAUUCCCUGGGACCCAGACCAGUCCCCAGCACCCAGCCAUCCUCCCACGUGAUGGGCACCAUCCCUUCACCCCCCUCCUGCGUAUCCCCACAUCUUUGUGCAAUAAACUUGCCGGGGAAGGCGAUGAUGGCAGCUCCUGCCCCUAAAGGCACCCUGAAAUGUGCUGCCAUGCCUUGAUGCUUCUCCUGGGGCUUUGCUCACUUGAGGCGGGGGAGGUGUGAGUGGGAUGCACGACGCAUGGGGCCGCCCCCGGAAUGGAGAUGAUCAAUCUGUCCCCAGACACUCUGCUGGGAAAAUGUCACAAAAUGCCACCGCAGGUGGGCAGGCAGGCAGGCCGGCUCCCCCCGGCUGGAGGGACCGAUCAAUUCACUGCCUGGGAUCGAUGCUGCCGCCAUCCUGGUGUGCACAGGGUCCUCCUGUGGGAUGGAAUAUCAGUGCUGCAAAAUGCUGCCCCAUGGCUAUCGGAGCAGGCUGACCCACUCCUUACACAACUUUCCCAGCCCCAGUUUUCCCCCAGCCAGGACGUGUGCUCACAAACUCCCUCCCGUGCCCCGCUGACCCAGCCCCAGCCUCACAGCCCCUGUCCCAUGGGCAAAGUGUUUCCCUUUGGGGUCCUGUUGUGCAGGUGAAUGUGGGGCUGAGGUAACCUCUGCCCUUCGGGAUCCUCCCAGCUGCUCUCAGAGCACUUCAACGUGGCAAAGUGCUUCGAUCUCCAUUUUCUCCCCUCUAUCUCCCAUCGCUCCCGGUCCCAGGCAGCCAGGGGUGGAGGUGACGGAUGCCUCCUUGAUGGCUGUUAUUGCCCCAUUAUGCCUCACACGGACACUUCCCCAGCUGGAAACCUCUGGGGAAUGGCUUUUUAAUUGGCAGUCGAUAGCAUUUUAUUGCGCAGCGACAGCAAGCGGAGUUUCAGGUCCGUCACGCCCUGGCUCAGGGCAGUGGGGAAGUCAGGGGACUAAACACCUUGGCCAAGGGACGGCAGAAAGUGCCCCCCCUGGGUCAUGUCCCCAGCUGUCCCCUGGCACAGCCAUGCUCCAUGUAUCCCCUCUGCCUCUUCUUGGCCGCUCAGUUUGCUCUUUGAGAUGCAGGAGGGGACGCUGGUGGUGAUGCUCCAGCAAUGGGUGUCAGGUGGUGACGCUGGGGCUGUUUAGAGGGGUUUUUUUUUUUGAUCACCCCAAAGAGGAUCUGAGGGCAAACCUCACUCCUCCAGCCACCGUUCUGGGACAGCACAUGGGGACAGCCCUGUGGCUCCGUGUCACCAUCCCUGCUGGGGGCUUAGCCGAGUGCUUAUACGUGUUGCACAGAUAUGUGGCUGGUGCUUCUGCAGGAUGAAUCAGAGGGAUUCCCCCUAAUGGGGGCUAUGCACGGAGGGGAUGGUUGAGACAAGCCAUGGAUGAGUGAUGGGGUCGGGGAUUGGGGCUGUGCAGGGACCCCCACAUCUCCCACCCGUGCUAUCAGCCACGGAUCAGACGUCCCCUGGGACGGGAUGGCCACAGUGCUAGGAGGUCCCCAAAACACCGCCUGCGAUGGGUUUCCUCUGAGCUGGGAGACACAUCUCUCUGUCCCCACACUUCGGGACACAUGUCCGCCUCAAGCCCCGCACCACCACCUUCUCUCCAAAUGGUUCAUUUCCCAAGAGCCGCUUCACAAAAGUUGUCAUCCGUCCUCUGAGAUUUACAGCAGUGCUUUCCCAGCAGCCGAUCCCAUUGGAACCCGCUGCGGCUGAACCCCACGUGCUCACACCGCGGCACAGCAAAUCCCCCCGGCCGUGCAGCACCCCUUGAUGGUGCCUCCAAUUCAAAGAUUUAUCACCUUCGCUUGGGGAUUAAAAAGCAAUCCAUCUGCGAGGCUGCCCCAGCCUUGUAAGGCUUUUUGUGCCGGGGUUGUUUGCAACGGCCAUGGCUUUUUUUCUUUCCUUGACGGAGCCAAAACUCAGUUUUACAGCAGUUUUCCCAGACGGUUGGAGCUGUGAUGGAUGGCACUGGGAACGCCAGCAGAUUCUUCACCACCCUUCCCCAAAAGCCGAGGGAGGGGCUGGUUUUUGCUUGCUUCACGUGGCUGUGGGUGGGGGAAGGCUCACGUGGACAGUGUUUGCAAAGCCCUCGUGGCUGGAUCUGGGACUCGGGCUGUGCCAGUGGAGAUGGAGCAUCAGUGUCAGAGAUGUGCUCGGAUCCCAUUCCUCCCAGCAGGGCCGUGGGAGGCAUAGAGGGACCUCAGAUCCCUUCCCCAGCCCUACAGAAGUGUGCAGGGACAAUUGGCCCAUGAAGGCCACCAGCAGCCAAGCAUCACUCACACCUGUUCCCACUGCAACAUGGUAAGGACAGUGGAACUGAUGUCCCAGCAGCACUUGCUUUGGUUUAUGGGGAUACUUUGGUUAAGAAAGGAAAGUGAUGCACAACUAGCACGGCAGCUAAUGGAUGAGAGGUGGCAUGGUGGCAUGUGGGGCAGCCAUCUGGGGCCAUGGGGAGUGUUGUCUUCAAGGUGGGGUGGUGAUGGUCACCUGGGUGGGGACAAGGGACAUGGGUGUUUUGGUCCUCAGUGUGUUUCCUGCCUUCCUCUUGGCCACUGAUGGCAAAGUGGCUCUACGACAGGCUCGUUGCAUGUAAGGCCACAUGGUCUUGCCCAUGGACCGCCUUCAAGAAAAGUCCAUUGCAGUCACUGAUGUUGUUCAUGGAGCUCAGGAAGGCCCAGGCAGGAUGGAGUACCUUGCACUGUGAAAAGGAAGGCUGUGAUGUCCAGACUAGAAAAAGAUAAAACUCAUCUUAUUUUCUAUAUAUUUAGGACAGCCAAGGCAUCAAAAGCAAGCAGGAACCCAAGAGCUGGCCCUGCUGCCAGGCAGUCACAGCAGCUUUAAUUACAGGGCUUCAUUGCUCCUUGUGCUCACUGCGGCAGCCAGGGAAGUUUUAUCUCCUCCUGUUGGGACAAUUGAACGUGACACAUUGGAGAAAGCUGUCAGAGAGGCAGAGCAGAUUUCUCUCAUUAUCUUUCCUUUGCUGCCUGUCAGCUGCCAGCACAGCCAGAAAAAGCAAAGGGAGAAAUGCAAACCCCAAAUACAAUCCUCCCUUCUCCUGCUGCCCCAUUGGCUCAGCUCUGUCCCCACGCACACCGACCCCACCAGUACUCAGCCACUCUUAAUUCCUCUUGCAAUUUCCCUUCUAGUGCUUAGGUUCACCCUGUUUCCACUGGUUCCUCCCUAUGGAGCACCCGUGAAUGCCUUUGGGAUGCUCUGCUCCCACGUGCCAUCCUCCUGCAGCUCACUCCUUCAACACUCAGAGGGUUAUGGCUGAAGCACAGAGCUGCACUAACACCACACCACCCACAGCUCGGGGCUCCUGUAACCUCACUGCAGUUUGCUUUUUCACCACUGUUCUGAGGAUGAAGCUCACUUCAUUCUCAGAAAGGAUUUUCUAGAGGAAACGGCAUCCUGAGCUCUCCAUCCCAGGAUGCAGACCCCAAAAUGUCACUUCACAAAGCUGAACGGAGCAAUGAACUCUGCUAGGAAGUCACUUCUCCCACUCAGGAUAACUGCUUUUCCAAGGCAUGGCGCACCGAGGGAGCCCAUUCUCCUGGGUGAGGCAGAAAGUGACGACUGGAUGUAAAUUAUAUUAGCAGGCCUUUUAUUGGACAGAUGCUACAUGAUAGGACUAUGGCAAGGGACAGGGAAAGUAAUGAAGGCAAACGGUACAGCGCCGUGGGGAGACAAAUCAAAUAAGGGUCUGACAGCACGGUCUGCACUCGUUGGCUCUCGGCUCAGUGGGACACAACACAGCAGUGCUCAGCCCCACGUUUGGGGGCUGACAGUACCUCCAGCAGGAAAAUCAUUGCCCCUGUAGGUCUGGUACCAGGGGGCACCUCGGUCUCAAGUACGUGUCCCAGGCUGGUCCUCUUCGCUCCAGCUGUGGGCUUUGGGGGUUCAUUCACGAGAUGACUAUGGGGACAUCCCCUGGGGAACACCAGCCAACGCUGGUGUCUCAGGGCCAGCUGCCACCAGGCCAUUUCCAGGCACCGCACUGCUUUCUGCCACGCUGUUUCCGGCUGUGCACUUUCUCUAGGGGUGGCCCUUUGCUUUUCGGGGUCCCCCCUCCUCCACCUAAACAGCAUAUUUGCCACUAACAGAGCUGCUAAACCGGUUUUGGCCACGUUACUCCACGCUGAUGCUGCAGAUGGCUGCAGCCCUGCCUUGGCCCCGAGGCUCCCUCUGAGCUGUGCUGCAGAGCUAACACGGGGUGUUGAUGCACCCUGGGCACUCGGGGACAGCUCCUGCAGCACGUGGAGGGCGGGAGUCUGAGUGAUCAUAUCCCACACGUGCGUGUGACAGACACAGCGAUGCCGGCAGUGUCCCCCUGUCUUAGCUCCAUUCCUCCCUAUGGUGUGAGCCCGUUUGCAGGCUGGCAAGAGGUUCCCGGGUCCCCCUGAGCAUCCGAGGGACCCUCCUCACACCAUGCAUGACUUCAUUCAUUCACAGUCCCCACCUCUUUUCUUCAGAUUUUCUCUCAGGUGAGGAGCUUUUCUCCAGCAGCCUCGGAAGGGCAGAGGGAAUACGGGGGUGAGCCUGGAGCCCCGGGGAGAGGGCUGGACUCCAGUAAUGCCACGCCGGGGGAGGGUGGGGGGUUGGAGGGGGAACGCCAGGGGCUGCCCGGGACCAUUUACACCCAAUUCUACAUACACUUAAGUAAAACCCCACAGGAAUAUAAUCUCCUAAUGAACAAAAUAAGAGUCAUUCAUCGUGCGGACGCAGUUUAUUUUUCUCCAGGGACAGGAGCACAGCUGGGGGGGGGGGUCCUUCCAUAUCAAGCAUCACCCCGGCAGCUGCUUACUCCCCUGCUCCAGGACUCACACCAGUGCUGCCGCAGCGCCGCAGAAGAUGGGUCGGUGCCGGGGCGGGGGGUUAAUACCGUGGCUGAGGGGCACAGGCAGAGCAAGGCAGACCCCGACCCGAACCUCAUAAUUUAGGAACUUCCGAAUAAAACAGCAACCCCAGCUGCCGCCCCCCCCCCCUUCCGGUACCCGACCAACCUGGGAGCCAGCUCCCAUCUCCGUCCAGGACCGCCGUGCCCCCCCUCGCUGCCCCUAACCCCCCCGGUGCCCCCCGCCCGGCCCCACCACGUGGCCCGCCGCCCGCCACGUGCUCUCCCGCGGCCCCGGACACGCCUGCUCUCCACUAAGAGCCGCGUCCAAUCAGCGCGCAGGCACCGAGCUGCCGCCUUCUUAUUGGCCGCCUUGCAUCCUCGAGGGCGGGAGUUACGACCCCUAGUUCUCGUCCCACGUCUCGCGGGCUUUCCCCUUGCUGCCCGCUGUAACGCGCUCUCCCGUUGGUCGAUGACAAAGCGACGCCGAUUGGCGGAAGGGCUCGAGGGGCGGAAGCGGCGAUUGGCCGAGCGGCGCGGCGCGCCCGCCGAUUGGACGGAGCGGGGGCGGAGUGGGAGGGGCGAAGCCGAGGGCUAGGCAAGCCAGCGGAAGGGCCGUGAGCUCGCUCUUUCGUUUCAGUCCCCGGUGUGCAUCGCCAGCGCCGCGCCGCCGCUCCCGGGGCCCGCUCCGUUCCCCGCCGCCACCCCCCAGGGACGCGCACUCCCACCCCCCGAGGCAGUUCGGCCGCCGCCCCAGCGCCGCCAGACACCGCCGCCAUCAUGGUGAAGCUCGCCAA